CGAGCCUCCCGACCCAGGAGAAAAAGCGCCUCCUGUUUUAUUCUGCGAGACUACAUCCAGUGAGUACUACAGUCUGCGGAUCACAUCAUCGCAUUGCCGCUGCACAACAAGCCAUUGAGGAGCGAACGGAGCGAUACAGAGGGAACAGUGCGCGAGCGUUUAUGUGUGUUAUAUAUUACUGACAAUCACAGUCGAGGAUGUACUCCAACUACUCGGAUUGAUGUCCUGGACAUUAAAGCAGCUUGAUUCUUUUGAGACAAAUCGGGAAUAAAAGGCGAUAAAGUUGCAAACUUUAAAAACAGGGCGUUUAUGCCCUGGUUCUGUUCGGAUGGCAAUACAGACUUUCAGCUCUCAAACCUGAGGUUAUCAUACUCUGCGGUUUCUUUGUAUUAUUUUCACUCAUUCAAGAGGUGGGCGAGGACCAGCGACAGCUCCCACAUCCAGUCCAGUCGGAGCGUUGGGAAGCUUUCGGGCGCACACUUUUAUCCUGGACUGCCGAUAGUGACAAGUGUUGAAGACUCGAGAAAAGAUGCUGGCGUUUUACAUCGCGUUGUGCCUUUUAGGAACAUUGUCUGAAGCAGCCUACUUCUCCCAGCAGCCCCAGGACCAAGUGGUGGUCGCCGGCCAAUCAGUGACCCUGCCCUGUGUGAUCGUGGGAUAUCGAGGCAUGGUGCAAUGGACCAAAGAUGGCCUGGCACUGGGCGGAGAACGAGAUUUACCUGGCUGGACGCGUUAUUCUCUGUUGGGAGACCCGCUAUCAGGCGAGCACAACCUGGUGAUCGAUUCGGCUGAGCUGGGCGAUGAUGCAGUCUACGAGUGUCAAGCCACGCAGGCCGGCCUACGGUCACACCGAGCCAAACUCACAGUGCUGGUGCCACCUUCAGAUCCCAUUGUGGAGGGGGGACCGGUGGUCAAACUGAAAGCUCACACCCCUCAUAACCUGACCUGCCGGGCGUCCGGAGCCAAACCCGCCGCUGAAAUCACCUGGUACCGAGAUGGAGAGAUAAUGCAGGAAGCCAUCUACUUGAAGAGUCUGAUGGAAGACGGCAAGAGAGAAACUGCGGUUAGCCUGUUACCCAUGGUGCCCGAGGAUAGCGAUUCUGGACGUACUUACACCUGCAGGGUCCUAAACCCUGCCACCCCUGCGGGCCGCCAAACUUCGGUUACCAUCAACGUUCAGCAUCCCCCGGCUGUGACUCUGUCUGUUCAGCCUCAAACAGUGAUGGAGGGAGCGAAAGUGUUGUUCAUCUGCUCUGCUUCUGCCAACCCUGAGAUCACAGGUUACAGAUGGUCCAAGGGUGGGAUUCCCAUAUCGGAGGCCAACGGCGACAGCCUGGAGGUUACGGUGGACCACACCUACUUUACAGACCCGGUCUCCUGCGAAGUGUCCAACUCAGUAGGGAGUACAAACGUCAGCACGUUGGUGGAUGUUCAAUUUGGCCCCAGGUUACUGACGGAACCCAAACCCCUGACGGUGGACAUUGGGAUGGAUGCUGCCUUCACUUGCUCGUGGACGGGCAACCCUCCCCUCACACUGGCCUGGACCAAACAAGGCUCCAGUGUGAUGCUCAGCAACAGUAACACCUUGCAGCUGAAAGCAGUGACACAGGAGGAUUCUGGGACGUACACCUGCAAAGCCAUCGUACCUCGUAUCGGUGUGGCAGAGAGGGAUGUAACUCUAACUGUCAACGGCCCUCCCAUCAUCACGGCCGAUGCCACGCAGCAGGCUGUCAAGCAUUCCAAGGGCAAGUUGGAGUGCCUGGUGGGAAGCAGCCCACCCCCUGACAAGAUUGUCUGGACCUUUGGGGACAUGAUGUUGUCAUCUGGUUCUUCUGGUCGUUUCUCAGUGCAGACGGUAAACAGUGACCAUGGAGUCAUCUCCUCGCUUAUCCUCUCCGAGACUUUCGCCCAAGAUUUCCAACUUAAAUACAACUGCACCGCAUGGAACAGAUUUGGUACCGGCACUGCACUGGUCACUCUGGAAGAGGAAGAGGCUCUUCCCCUGCUUAUCAUCAUUGGAGCAUCCGUGGGAGGAGGCUGCGUCUUCAUCGUUUGUGUCAUUACCUUGGUUUCCAUCUGCUGCCGCCACACUGCUAAAGGCAAAAAGGGCACACGUCUGUCUAAGAGUGACAUCCGUGUACAAAUCGUGCACAGCGAUCACAUCGCAGCUCGUGGAAAUGAUGACGAAGAGGACGUGAAGGAGCCUAUGGCGCCAAAUAGCAGCGAGUCUCCAGGAACAUCUCGCACGGAGCACAGUGACCUGCUGGAGGAAGAAGAUGAUGAGAGAUCAGAUGUCAAGGACCCCACCAACGGCUAUUACAACGUGCGGGCCCACGAUGACCGCAACAUCCCCAGAACCGGUUUCUCCGAAUACGCGCCAAAUUCUCGGCCGGUCUACACUCCUUCUCAGCUCCCCUCGCCGAGCCCCUUGUAUGGCCAGCACUCCACUCAGCCUCGGAUGUAUGACUUCUCCCAGCGUUAUAACACGACCCCGGCCCCACGCACCACCUAUGAGCAACAGCAGCCGCAACAACCCCAACAGCAGCAAACUCCCACUGUCUACCCCCAGGAGCCGCUCUACGCUGGCUCCGCCUACCUGCCUGCCACCUACGGCCGCGCCUUCACUAGCUACGUCAAGCCCGCCUCCUACGAGAAGGUUGACGCGUAUGAGCAUUCAGACGAGGCUAGCAAAGUUUCCAGCUCUUCCCGCUUUUCGUACGCAUCUUCACAGGUGUCGCAGCAGUCCGAUUACGGGCGGCCUUCGCAGCAACGCAUGCAGACUCACGUGUGAUAGGCUCCCUAAAAGACCCGCCGUGGGUCUGGCAUGAUCAACGACGCAAGGACUUAGAUCAGACAUUCUUCUGAAUUGGAUUCAGGAGGGAUUAAGCAAAUAUCCGAUUGAGAGGCAGUAAUGCACUGAGAUUUGAGAAACGCGGUCUUUGCUUUUCUUGCUGUCGAAGGGCAACUUGAUGAUGUGCCACUCAAGCUUGAAGAGUCACCUGAUUGUUCAAGCUGCUAAUGUGAAUUUCUUCGUCCAAAUGCUGAACUUCAGGAGAAAUUAACACUGUCCUUCGAUUCUUCUGUGUGACACUUUGUUUUUUCGUAAAAAAUGUUCUAGCACUGACAAUUCCAGACCCUGGAAAGGGCCGUGCUGUGAGAGAAAGGAACGGCUCUCCUGGGCGAACCUUCAUGACACUACGCUAAAACAAUCAAAAUAUUCAUGAAGUACAAAAUGUAAAAAAUACAUGUGUUUGUUGGCAUGCUGAUGGAAUUGUAAGCACAUUUGUGUAUCAAUGACAACAGGUCUUGCCUACAUAACGUGGCUCAAAGGUCAAUCCACGAAGCAGGGGAGCUAAAGGAAGUCGAGCACAUGCGCUCUCGCUAUUUUUCCAGAAGCUCCAUCUUCAGUCUGCACUGCUUUCGGGCUCUCGGGUGAGUAUCUAUGUGAUGCCUCAAUAGACCAGUGCAGGAAACUGGAAUUGGAAUACUUUUCUUAUGGACAAAACCAUAAGAUGCUUUUCUGUCUGUUUAAUGGAAAUGAUUGGCCAACCCCCAAAGAAGAUAUUUAGAAAUUUCGAGGUGUGGACUUUUUUAAGCUAUACUCUCAAGGAUUUGUUGCAGAGUACAGUUCAGAGUGCAGCCCAUUUUGGGACUUUUGGUUUCUUAAAUGAAGCCAUGCAAACCUGAAUUACCACAUGGCCUUGCGGUGUGCAGUAAUACUGUUGUAAUGUUCCUCACGUGACCACUGUAUGUUAUUUAAGACAGAGUGUGCCAAGGUGAUUGUUUUGAUGACAUUGGUGCCACCGUCAGGUAGCACGAACAUGUUUACAUAGAUAUAAAAAAGAUAAACGAACUUGCAAGUGAAAUGCAGUACUAUCUAUAUCCACUUAGAGCCACUCCGACGACUGUAAAAAUUGUUGGGAAAUUCACUCCUGUCUGUUGCAUGCAGAUGUGUGUAUGUGAACGUAUUCAGCAUCUCUUCUCAUCUGUUUGUUCCUUGUGUAAGAAAACCGCUUACUGCACCCUAAUUCAAUUCGAUUUUGGAUACCUGGACAUGCAGGUUUCCAUACUGCCAUUUUCCUUUGAGCCUGAAUGGUCGGCUCCGUUUUGGAAAAAUGAAAAAAGUCAAAUGAAGUGUAUGAUAGGUGAAACAAAACACUGCUUGUCUUUAUUUUUAUAUUUUAUAUAAGCCUUAAUGUACAGCGUGUCAGCUGCUCUAUUGUAAAGUACCUUUAUAUUAUAAACGCAUAUAUCUAUAUCUUUGAGUUGACUUUAUUUGGUUCGCCUUGAUGUUUACCACAUAUGUUACUUAUCAGUUUCGGAGAGCCAGAAGUGAGGUGUUACACAACUAAUUGACUUUUUAUUUCUUCUGUUUCUUUUUUUAAUAAUGUUUCAAUAAUUUUAUUUGCUAAAAAUGAGCUAUUGUUGCUUGUAACUUUGUACACAUAUUUAUAUUUAAAUAAAACCAU